AUGAAUUCCUGGUCAUUCAAAGCCUUGCUUGCAUCUUGCUGGUUCUCCGUGACCAUGGCACAGUCAUUCUCCAUCCCGCCUGGUCUCACAGGCGUCAGCUGUGACGGGACUAUCCGCCCAGACUAUCAAGAGUGCUAUGACCACGUCCUCGACCAAAUGUCAGCCGGGCCCAUCAUCAUCGGCCCUAACAUGUUUGAAGGGUCAUCGUACCAGUCCGGAAACUGCAAGAUUCGGGCGAUCCGUUGCGGUGGCCCCACGGACCGCACGUUUGAUCUCGGUUCCAUGGCGGGCUCGCUUUUCACCAUCCUCCGAAACGAGUGCGGAGCGUUUCCGGCAGGCGGCGUCAACCGCCAGGGCGACGCCUGUCUCGUCGUCGAAACCCCGAGCAAUCCCUUCCCCGGUCGUAAACGGGACCUCGAAAGCCACGCAUCCCCGCUCCCGAGAGCCGAUAAGCCGGUGCCCUCCCGAGAAACAAAGCUCGCGCGCCGCGAGGCCACCGCAGCCGCCCGCUCUUUGGACCUGGAAGCGCGUCAGUGCCAGGGCGGCACAUGUUACAACUACCAAGAAGUAACCUUCAUCACGGGCGUCCGAGGGCUCGAGGUGCGCGUGUGCGACAACAUCCUCCCCAACGGCGCCACGUGCACGCGGUCGUGGGCCACGACGACGACGGAGACGUUCACGGUCGGUUUCGAGGUGAGCGCCGGGCUCAAGGAUAUCGUGGCGGCCUCGGGAUCCUUUAGCGCCUCGACGGCCUCGUCCAGCACGGAGACCUUGGCCACGGCCAUCGAGGUGCAGUGUGACAGCGGCAGCGGUUACAUCGUGUGGUACCCGCUCCUGGCGGUUUCGAGGGGGAUUGCGGCGUGGGUCAGGAUACUUGCGGGGAGGAUGUCUCGCGGAGAGGAUUAG